AUGCUUCGUUUGACUUCUCAACAAGCUGAAAAGUUUUAUGAAGAACAUAAAGAAAAACCCUUUUUUAAGGAUAUGGUGGAAUUCAUGUCUAGUUACCCAGUAGUAAUUAUCUGUCUUGAAGGAGAAGAUGCCAUCAAACUUAACCGCAAAAUUAUGGGAGCCACUAAUCCCUUAGAAGCAAAG